UUAACAUCAACAUGGCAACUUGCAACUUCUUUGCCAACAUCUACAAUUGUAUCCGUUUAACUUUAAUAUAGAUAUGUAUAUACACGCGAUGUUUAUAAGCAUGUUUUAUUAAUAAAAUAUUUAAAAAUGGGAUCCCAGACACUGGAAAUAUUACGUCAAGGUGUAUGGGCCUCUUUCACUGGUGGCUGGUUUUAUGACCCAAGACAAGAUCAUUUUUCUAACAUUUUUCAUCUUUAUCUUUGGAUUCUGCUUUUGUGUUUACCAUUUGCCUUGUAUAUGUGCUUUAGUUCUUCUGUCAUAGUUUGGGCUUCUUAUUGUACGUCAGUAGGAAUGUUGUUUUCUGUACUGAAAAUCAUUAAUGUCUGCCUUCAUCGAAUGUUUGACAGUGGAGAUUGUGUUGAAGAAUCAAGUGACGAGUCUAUGAAAUCUGAUGCUACUGAUGGAGAUUCCAGAACAACACAAAAUAGAUCUCAAAGAAAUGAAACAGAACAUAUUGAAAUGACUGAAUUGAAUUCAAGAAGAGAAGGAGAAACACCCCCUGUCCAGUGUAGUUCACGUAAUUCAUUUUCUGAGGGUCCAAGUAAACAUAGUAUAUCUCAUGUUGAUUCUAUGGAGUUCCUAAAUAGAUUAAUUAAUUCUGAACUAGAAGUAAAACCAUGUGGAAGUACAAUAGAUUUAGAAGUUGAUGUACAUCAUCGAGAAAGUUCUGGUAGUUCAGGAGCUGCAUCCUUAAAAAAACCUUUAGAUGAACAGUCACAGGGUAAUGAUAAUAUUAAAGAAGGUAUUUCAUCCAGUCUUGUAGCUGAAGUAAUGCAAGAAGUUGCUACAGAAAAUUUAAAAUGGACAACUGAUUCAAUUGUUGAAAAUAGGCAAACUGAAGAUGACAGUAAUUCUGCAAAGCCAUGUUCAAGACAAGAUAAAAUAGUUCAUUCUGAGGAUGCUGCUGCUUGUGCUGCAUCUUCAAUUUACAUGAUGCCUGAAUCACUGCAUCAUACUACAUAUCUGCCUGCCAGUGCCCUGAGUCUUUCUUCUAGUUCUAGUUCUGAAGCUCCAUUAAAAGGUACAGGAUCAGUAGAAUUGGGAUUUAUGUCUCAAGAUCCUAGUGUAAGAGCAGCAGAAUUAGCACGUAGUAGGGGAAGAAAUCAACAUCGUGAUAGAAAAGUAGUGCGUAGAGCUCACAGUGAAUUGGAAACUUGUCCAGAGAAACCAUCUCCAUCUGUACCACCUUCUCAUCCAGUUAGUUUAGAAGCAAUUAGUAGAAGUGUUAGCAGUGGAAGUGGUAUUGUACAUCCUCGUCCAUGUCUUCCACGUCAGAGUGUUGAAUUAUUAAGACCAUGCUUCAGUGAAGCAAUUAAACCUAUUGUUGAACUUAAUGAUGAGCUUCAAGUUACUAGUAAUGACAAUGGAAGAAAUAAUUCUUCUAAUGUAGCAAGCAAUCCUGAUGUUCAGUCUUCUCAUAUUUCUUCUAGUGAAUGUUCAUUGGUUAGACAUCGUUCUCUUGAAACACCACAUAGGACAGGAUUAAGGGAGUUAUCAGGUUCAAAAAGAACUCAACCUGUAAAUGAGAUGUCUACACAAGGCAAUAAAGAAAGGAUUUCAAAUACUAAGUCAAAUGUGAAAUCAACUCUUGCUGAAUUGUUACCAGAAGAAAUAGCAUCUUCUGAUACUGGAGAUAAUAGCAGUGAACCUUCAGAAAGAAGUCAUAGCAACAGUGAAGUAUCAUCUCUCUCUAGUGAAACAUUAUCUAUUUCUCUACCUGAUAGCAAUGGUAGUCAUUUUACUUUAAUAUAUAAACCAUCUCUUCAUCAUAAAGAUAACAGAGAUUCUGUAUCAACCUGCCAAUCAGAUAAAGGCAAUGUUAGUUUUCCUAAUUGGACAGAAAGUUCUAAAAAAGGUCCAUUGCCUUCUCCUUCACCAUCAGAUGGAAGCAGUGUUGCUGGAUUUGAGUGGCUCUUUAACCCAAAUGGAGUUGGAACUAUUGUUGAAAAUACUUCUAGCUGUUUAGCUAACAGUAGUCCCGAAGGUUUAUCUGACAGCACACUUUCUUCUCCUGAUGAAACAACUCCUUUAGAAGGACCAUCUAGUCGAUCACGUGGUGCAAUACCAAAACAUCAUCAAUCUGAAAUGCCAUUAUACAAAGGUUUACGUUUGCAUCUAAAAUCAGAUAAUAAACAAGUUCAAGAAUCAGAUCAAUGGUCACUUGGUCAUCGAGUGUUAGAAAUAUUAAGUAAAACUGAUCCUGAAGAAUAUGAAAUAGAGCUACAAAAGCUAAAGAAAGAAGUAGAUAUGAAAAGAAAAAUGUCAUCAGAUGUAUCUGUGGGACAAGUGUCUGUAAAUAUGAAUGAAAAUAGUCCUACCAAAGAAGUACCAGUUUCCAAAAAACUAAAACUGCUUGCUCGAAGAAGACGAACUCCUGAUGGUGCUCCAGAAAUGCUAUCUCUGCUCCCAGGAAUACCAAAUAAAGAGGAUGGAGAGGAUAGUAGCAGUGCAAGUUGGAUGUCACCAAAAAAACAACUUCAUUCUGGUCCCCCACCACAUCUUUUAGCAGGAUUAUUAUCUGCUCCUGGAACUCAUCUUGCAAGUUCUCAUAAUGAUACCACCAGUGGAGCUGUACAUUGCUUUCAAGAUGAACAUGGUAAUUGGUUAACUUAUACUUUUGAUGAAAAUAGUACAGGAGUUGCUAAAGGCUUGAGUACUGCUACUGAUGCCAAACUUUUAGAAUUUAUGAUGGAUAAUAAAUGGGAAACUGCAUCUCAUUCAUCUUCAAGUUCUGGUUCUACUGUCAUACUUGAUAGUCCUGCAGUAGUAUUGCACACACCAAAAUUACAAAGUUCAUUCACUGGCUUAGAAUUUCCACCUCCAUCAUCUAGUAAUCCUUUUAGGUCAAGAGGCAUUAUACCUCGUGCUCCUCUUCAGUUAUUUGCUGAAUCUCUACUUGGUCAAGCAACCCAAAGUGUAACAAAUGCAACAAUUAACAUGGGUGGAGGACCUACUACUUCUAAUCUUUCUCAAGCUGCUAGUUCUCAAGGGGGAACUGAUACUGAACUUGCAUCAAGUUGUAGAAUAAGAUUUGCUGAAAAUAGGCAGCAUUCUUCUAAGCCAAAAAUUUAUUAUAAGUUUUGGAUAAUGCCAUUUAAAUAUAUAAAAAUAAGAUUUGACAGAUUAGCUUUACUUGCCCUGCUGGACAGGAAUCUAACAUUAACAGAGAAUAUGUUAUCUGUGAUGUUGGCAGUGCUGGUAGCUGCACUUGGAGCAGUAUGUUUAUCUCAGGAUAUUUUUCAAGAUAUUUGGAGUUUUGUAUUUUGCUUUAUUAUUGCAAGUUGUCAGUAUACAUUAUUAAAGAGUGUUCAGCCUGAUGCUUCUUCUCCAACACAUGGUUACAACCGUCUUGUUUUAUACAGCCGUCCUGUUUAUUUUUGUUUAUGUUGUUUUUUAUUGAUUGUUCUACAAUUCUGCUUGGAAAUAAAGGAACCUUAUUCAUCUUUAAGUCUAUAUGGAAUAGUAUUCACUAGCAGAGAAAUACUUGAAUGGGUUCGAGAUGUUCUUGUUACAUUUACAUUAUUUUUUCCAAUAAUCUUCAGCCUUGGACUUCUACCUCAAGUUAAUACUUUUCUGAUAUAUUUUUUAGAACAAAUAGAUAUACAUCUGUUUGGUGGAACAGCUAGUACUGGCCUGAUAUCUGCUGUGUAUUGUAUAGUUAGGAGCUGUUCAGCUGUAACGUUUCUUUAUGGAUUUGCAUAUAGUGCUCUAAAAGAAAAUAACAAUCCCAGUCAACAUUUAAUGUUCUCUAUUUAUUGUGGAUUGCUCGUAUCUCUUUGUUAUCAUUUAAGUAGAAGUUCAAGUGAUCCAACAGUAUUAUGGAGUUUAUUAAAACGACAUCUCUGGUCUGAAGAAACAUCUGAUAAAAAUAAAAAAGAAGAUGGUACCGAAUUAAUUGAUCCAUUACCACAAAAAUUAGGAAAUACUGUAGUAAAAGCUGCCAAAAUAAUGUGGUUUGAAAAAGCAGAAAUAUGGUUAUGGUUUUUAGAAAAAAAUGUGAUUUAUCCUCUUGUAUUUCUCAGUGCCUUGACCACAGAUUCUCCAAAAAUUGUAAACAGCUUUGGUCUGUUAGGAGGUUGUUUAGUGGUGGUAAUUUGUAGUUUGAAGUGCCUGCGCAGUGCCUUCAAUGAUCCUUCUCAUCAUUUUCUGGUGCUCAUUUUUACUGUUCUUUUUUUCAAAUAUGAUUAUUCUGGACCUCCUGAACCAUUUCUCAUCAACUUUUUUGUUAUGACUAUUUUAUUUAAUAAAUUUUAUGAAUUCCUUCUCAAGGUACGUUUUAUUAUUACAUAUAUUGCACCCUGGCAAAUAACAUGGGGUUCUGCCUUUCAUGCAUUUGCUCAGCCAUUUAGUGUGCCUCAUUCAGCAAUGUUAUUUAUUCAAGCAACUAUAUCUUCCAUAUUAUCAACUCCAUUGAGUCCUGUAUUGGGUAGUGCAAUUUUUUGUACAUCAUAUGUUCGACCUAUUAAAUUUUGGGAACGAGAUUAUAACACUAAAAGAGUGGAUCAUUCGAAUACUCGAUUAUCAUCUCAGUUAGAAUGUAAUCCAGGUGCAGAUGACAACAAUUUGAAUUCAAUUUUUUACGAACAUCUAACUCGUUCACUUCAGCAUUCUUUAUAUGGUGAUUUAGCAUUAGGAAGAUGGGGUAAUGUUUCACAAGGAGAUUGUUUUGUUCUUGCUUCUGAUAACUUGAACUGUUUAGUACAUAUAAUUGAAUUAGGGAAUGGAAUGGUAACCUUUCAAGUUAGAGGACUGGAAUUUAGAGGUACUUAUUGUCAGCAAAGAGAAGUAGAAGCAAUAAGUGAAGGUGUAGAUGAAGAUGAAGGUUGCUGCUGUUGUGAAUCAGGCCAUCUUCCUCAUAUGUUGUCCAUUAAUGCAGCUUUUAAUCAAAGAUGGCUGGCAUGGGAAGUAACAGCUACAAAAUAUGUUUUAGAAGGUUAUAGUAUAUCAGAUAACAGUGCUGUAUCAAUGCUGCAAGUUUUUGAUUUGAGAAAAGCUCUUAUAACUUAUUAUGUGAAAAGUAUAGUCUAUUACACUUUGACAUCAUCACGGUUAGAAGAAUGGUUAAAUUCUGACUCUAUACAAGAAGCAUUAAAACCAACACUUGACAAAAACUAUGCAGAUUUAGAUCCAGUAUUUAACAUGAAUGUUGAUGAAGAUUAUGAUUUUCAUGCAUCUGGAGUAUCUCGAAAUAGCUUUUGCAAUGUUUAUCUUGAUUGGAUACAAUAUUGUUCAUCUCGAAGGGAAAAGAAGGUUGACAGUGAGAGAGACUCAAGUCUUGUUUCAUUAUGUUUUUGUUUGAGUCUUCUAGCAAGACGUGUAUUGGGAACAGCUUCUCAUAAUUCUGUUUCAAGUGUUGAUUUCUUAUUGCAUGGAUUGCAUGCCCUCUUCAAAGGUGAUUUUCGAAUAACUUCCGUACGAGAUGAAUGGGUUUUUCAAGAUAUGGAAUUGUUACGCAAAGUAGUUGCUCCUAGUGUAAGGAUGGCAUUAAAAUUACAUCAGGAUCACUUUAUGUCUGCUGAUGAAUAUGAAGAUCAUGCAACCCUAUAUAAUGUUAUUGGAACCUAUGAAAAAACACUUGUGAUAUCUCAUGAAGCUGAUCCAACAUGGAGAAAUGCAGUUUUAUCCAGUGUUCCUUCUCUCUUAGCUCUUAGGUUAAUAAAUCUUUUUACCAUCUGCAGGCGGCAAGAAGUAAUGCUGCAAUCUUUAAAACCCGAGAUAACUCGGGUAAAUCGGGAGUGUGUUCGAGGUUUAUGGGCAGGACAGCAACAAGAACUGGUUUAUCUUCGUAAUCGUAAUCCUGAAAGAGGAAGUAUUCAAAAUGCAAAACAGGCUUUACGAAAUAUAAUCAAUUCUUCAUGUGAUCAACCAAUUGGAUAUCCCAUAUAUGUAUCUCCUUUAACUACAUCUUAUGCAGAAACAAGUGAUCAAUUAUGCACUAUCAUUGGUGGUCCUAUUAGUUUAUCUAUAUUUAAAGGAGUAAUAUUACGAUUAUGGAACAGGUUAAGAACUCGGUGUGGAGAGGGUUGUUCAAGUGGUGGAACAGCUAGACAAGGAAAUGGAAGUUUUGAUAAUGAUGUUAGUUGUACAGGAAAUACAGAUAAUCCCUUACGAGAACGAGGUAGUCAUUCAAGUGGUUCUCAUUCAGGUAGCCAUUCUGGUGAUGGUAGCUGUGAAAAUAUGGGACGAAGUACAGCCGGAAGUCUAGGUAGAGGAAGUACCAUAAAUAGUGUUGGUCGCAACAGUGGAUCAUUUACUCGAACUAAUUCUGGUACACUUCCUCACAUUGCCAUGACAACUGUCCCACCAGGAAAACCUACAUCAUCAACAUUAAUUAACAUUGGUGUAUUCCGUCCUUUUCCCAGUGAAAACAUUGGUCUUACUAGUGCAACGUCAAUUUUAACAAAUAAUAUCAUUGGGAGCCAAAAUGGAAGUAAAGGUGCUAUUGGUGGAACAGUAGAUAAUUUAAGUGAUUUUUAUCAACCUUUUAGCAGCUUUCAAAUGGGAAAUCUAGCAGAUAAUCGCAACAGCAUUGUGAAUCAAGAACCAUACAUGACCACAAGAGGUCUGAGUGCAUCUGACAUUAAUUCUAAUGAACAUGUGAGCAACAUUAAUUCUAAUGGUUGCAAUCUUACUGAAGGACAUUUGACUCUCCAUAGCAGAGAACCUAGUGACAGACUGCUUAGCAGUUGUAUAGCUACUUAUAAUCAAGUACGAUUUAAUGACAGGGACCAUUGUUCAGUGUUUGGUGAUCACAGUUUUAACACAGAUGAUAAUGUAUAUAAUAAACCUAAUUGGAAUAGUGAUAAAGACGGAUCAAGAAGUAUAUAUAAAGUGAAUAAAAAUUUAAGUGCAAUGCUCACUAAUAACAAAGGACAAGGUGAGAAUAAUAGUGACAGUGCAAUUUCCAAAGCAUCGUGAAAAUAACUGUAACAUAUUCAUAGUUUCAUACUGGUUCUUUUCAUUUUUUGAAAGGCAUCAUCAAUAAAGGAACAAGUAUCAACAUAAACUGAUGUAUUGUUUGUGCAGUGCACAGAAGUGAAGGGUGCUCCAUUCCUACUAGCCUAGGAAUUUUUCUUCCUACAUGCAAUUUGCCUUUGAAAAUUUAAAAUUAUAAAAUGCUAAAAACCAUCCACCCAUCAAAAUUUAUCCAUUUCAUACUCUACUCUAAAUCAAAUUCUUAGUUAAUCCAGGGAUCUUUAAAAAAAAAAACUGACAUAAUUCAACAUUAUAGUGCCACAAUUAAAAUGCAAAUACACAGUAAGUUACAUAGGUGUACAGUGGGCUUUUGCAUGAAAUAUCUUGCCUUCUGAUUCAGUUAUUUAAAACCACGUAAAUGAUAAGAAUUACUUAAUGUGAUAAUUUCUGCAAGGAACAUAAAAAGUGUACAGAUAAACUUAAAAUUUA